UUUCUUCCCUCUCUCACACGUUCUUGCACUCUCUGCCUCUGCUUGCUGUCCUCUUACUGGAUCAAUGGAGCACAGGAGGUGAUUCCAGUCCCUUGAUUUAUUAGUCAUUCCUGGUUGUUGGAACAAGCCAAUUAGGAAGGCUCUCAGUGUGUGCACGCGUGUGUGGACAAUCCUAAGACAGAAACGACUCUGCUGCUGAUGCUGCUGUCUCUAGCUGCUCCCUCACGCUUUACCGUGGAUCAGCAGGCUGCAGGGAGAAGAGGGUUGCAGGGUGGUGGGAGGCUUGAAAGAAGACGAGAAGGAAGCAACGAGGUACAGACCACAGGGUGGACAAUUUUAUGCCACUUAAGUAUCAUUUAUUCUGUCAUGGCCCGGACGUAGGAAUUCACAGCAAACGUCAGCUUGGCUGCAAAGUAUCCAAGGUUAAGGGAAGUGAAAGCAAGGCUGAGUCAAAGGAACAGAAGGAGAUGGCGCUGGAGGAGAAACCUGGUGUGAAGAGCAGCAGCUCUAUCGUUCCCUGUUUUCUGUUUGUGGAGCUGGUGAUCAUGGCUGGGACGGUGCUGCUGGCUUACUACUUUGAGUACACGGACACCUUCCCUGUGCACAUCCAGGGCUUCUUCUGCUAUGAUAAGAGCUUCUCUAAGCCCUACCCGGGUCCAGAGGACACCAGCAAAGUCCCCCCUGUGCUCAUCUACUCGCUCGUCACAGCAAUCCCUACCCUCACGAUCCUGGUUGGAGAGCUUUGUGCGUUCUUUACCAAGGCAGAGGGAACCCAGGAGAAGACCAUAGUCACAGCAGACUGCUGCUACUUCAACCCUCUGCUCAGGCGGAUUGUUCGCUUCUUAGGCGUGUAUGCCUUCGGCUUGUUCACCACUGCCAUUUUUGCCAAUGCCGGCCAGGUGGUGACGGGAAACCAGACGCCUCAUUUCCUGUCCGCCUGCCGACCAAACUACACAGCGUUAGGCUGCCAGUCAACCAUGCAGUACAUCACAGAGCGCCGCGCCUGCACAGGCAACCCCUUGGUUGUCAUGUCAGCACGGAAAUCCUUCCCAUCUAAGGAUGCGGCACUCAGUGUGUACUCCGCAAUGUACACAGUGAUGUAUGUGACGUUGGUGUUUAAAACCAAGGCGAAAGGUAGUAUCUGGUCUGACUUUUUUUUCUCCAUCGCUCUACAGGUGACCUGUGUCAUUAACAACUUCCAACAGUUUCAGCCAAGCCUCCCUCCACUGCAACCACAACGCCCUGAAUCAAUGCUGGGCAUGCCCAUGGUGACACUGCCCUGUAUGGAAAGUCCACUCGAAAAACUUCGCGGGAAUCUCCGUUCACAGAGAUCACAUGACCAUCAGCCCUAUCGGUUCCCCGCCACUCCCGAUGUCCUCGUACCGUCUCGCUCCAUUUCCAGCGAAGUCUAGACCAGCCGGAGCAGCACUCGCCACACUGCGCGGCCCACGGGGCUGGCCGGAGCGCAACGCUGCACCGCUCCUAUUCCACCCAGGUCUAGACCCUGUACCACCUCCAAUUACUGCCGGGGAACCGAUAGGCAAACUUUAAGACUUUUUUCUUUUAAGGCAAAUACUGACAACAAUCAACUGAGAGCUGCAUAAGCUCUUAUCAGUAAAUCACUUUUAUACCUAAUUAGUCACAAUAUUUUUUUUUCUUCUGAGGGAAAACAUCAAACUGUGACUUCAAAGAUUUUCCACCUUUUUUUGUAUCAAUGAGUUGACACCUGCCAAAAAAGAUGCAGGAUUUGACAGCUAGAAGUGACGGUGCACUCCCAAUACAAACAGGAAGGUGCGCCGCCAGGAGGUUGCCAUGUUGGACCAAAGACGCUCGCUUCGGGAAAUGUGUCAAACUGAGAAUUACCUAUUAAAAAGAGAAACUUUCAUCCGAGCCAUCCACUCAGAAACACUCAAGCACUUGUUUUGUUUUUUGUUUUGUUUUUUGUCUUAUCCUAAUCUUUUGGGUAUCCCACUCAGCUCUGCAUGGGGUCCACCCUGAUCAAAGCACACAUUUCAGCUAAUGCAACAGACAAAAGCAAACAGGAGAAACGUCUCUCUUGUCCAACAAAGACAGGCUCAAAUGGACCAAAAUGAUCAAAUAAGCACUAUGGAAUAAAGGUAAGCUCCUGAUGGAAGCCCAAUAACUGCUUUUACAUCCAGGAGCCAGAGCGUUUUUGUUGUUUUGUUUUUUUCCAUGCUGUAUGACGUUUCGGUUUUGAAGAUCAGCAAAAGGGGUUUCCCUUUUGUUUCUAUAAACUCUCCCUAAUGCAACAUUUCUGACUGAUUCACCUCACUGAUCUGUAUAUAAUGCGUAGAUGCCACGAGUGCCGCGCGUGGUGAGACAGUUUUGCUGAAUUUGAUUUGCACACUCCAGCAUUAGCUCCUUGACCCUCACUUCAUCUCCAUUUAGCUUUCCCCCUAGUUAGAGUGCUAUCAUUUUGCUGUGAAAUGUCUCCCCCUGCUGGAUUACUGAUGCAUUAACACAAAGAAAAAAAAACUGUUUUUACAGAUCAUGUGAGUGUCAUUCAGUGCUCUGCAAAAACAUUUAAUUCUUGAACUUUUUCACAUUUUUCUUUUACAUUACAUCCUUAAGCUUUAAUAUCGUUCAUCAGAAAGAAAAUCAAGAAGAUAGUUUUAAGGUAAUUUAACAAAUAAAAAUGUGAAAACUGUAUUUGUAUCCACCCCUUUCAUUCUGACACUAUAAAAUGAAAUCCAGUACAUUCAGUUAUUUUUUUUAAUAAUCAAUGAAUAUAGUAAAUGAAAAAGCAAUAACAGCAUUCAUCUGAGAGAGAGAAGUCUGUUCUAACUUUGAAAGAGCUGCAGAAAUCAAUGGCUCACUUCAGAGAAUGUGUAAACAUGAGAGGAAUUAGACAACACACCAAGUUUGAAGGAAAACAAGAAAAAUUGUAAUUUUGAUAUAUUGUGCAUCUCUGAUUUGAACAAAUCAUUCCCUCUGAAAAACCUAGUGUUGGUAGCACCAUGUUGUGGCCAUGCUUUAUUUUCCUAACGAAGAUUGAGUCGGGUCAGUAUUAACAGGUAGGUGAGAUAAAUAGAGAAUUCCUGGUAGAAAAAUCAGUUGGGAAUGAUUUAGAUUGUGUGGCCCAGUUAAGGUCCAAACCAAAAUCUACUUUAGAAUAUCAUGUAAAUUUCUCCCCCGACCCCCAAAAGCUUGAUGAUUUAAUCGCAGUGAGUGUGGUCGUUCUAGAACAAGCUGAUUCAGGAGGCUUUAAUAUAAAUCUCCGAUUCACUUUUGAGAUUUUUAUUGUGAAAAAAUUUAGAAAACCCAAGAAUCAUUUCCAUACCUCUCCUAAAUUAUGCGUCUCAUAAAAUACCAACCAAAUCUCUCAAGGUUUGCAGUUAUAACUUGAUUAAAAUGGCAAGGGUUCAAGGGAUAUGAAUGCUUUUGCAAGCAACUACAACUCUAAAGCACAAAAUGCACAACUAUACACAGCAACACUUGGUGUUACAGUACCCUUAAUUCUCUACAUCCACUUUGUAACCCUGCAUCUUGUAUGAUACUGUAAAUAGAGUCAUUUUUGUACUUGGCAGCAUAUUUUUUUUUAUUUUUGCUUGCUGAAAUUUGGUAUAAGCAUAUUAUUUUAUUUCAAAGCAGAACGUGUAUUCUGAUGUCGCUGAUUUACUCAUGUCAACAGCAGAUAGUUUGAGAAACACCUGAAACAUUGAAUCGACCUGUAAAGGGAAAGUGUCCCAUCAGUUCCUAUGGUCGGGCCAUUAUGCAGCCCUGGGAAAACCUAAGUACACCCUAUUAGCUCUCAUAGGAGGGUGAAAGUAGCACAUAGUUGCUGUCAAUUAAAUGCACCUUAUUAAUUGAUUACCAAGAGGUGUAUCUAUCUUCAUAGCAAAAGGAGUUCGGACAGGUUUCUAGAAAGGAGAAAACAGUAAUAUGUAAACAAUUUAAUUCAAUUUAUUUCUAUAGCGCCAAUUCACAACACAUGUCAUCUCAAGGCACUUUACAGCUCAUCAGAUC